CGGGCGCCGCCUGCACUUCCGGGGGCCUCAAGUCUGGCCGGAGAGGGAGCCUUCCCGGGAGGCGGCACGGGCGCGAGCCGGGGUCUGAGGGGUCUGGCCGGCGGGGACCACCUAGUCCCCUCCAUGUGAACAGUUCUCCGCAGCCCGGUCAGGCGAGGUCUGCCCGCAGAGGGACCAUGAGGCAGCGGCUCCUCUUCCUCACCGGCUUGGUUCCUUUGGUGUUGGCGCCGCGACCUCCGGACGACUCCCACCCGCGACUCGAGAAGCUGGAUUCUUUGCUCUCCGACUACGAUGUCCUCUCUUUGUCUAGUAUCCAGCAGCACUCAGUAAGGAAAAGGAGUCUACAGGCCUCGACACACUUAGAAACACUGCUCACUUUUUCAGCUUUGAAAAGACAUUUUAAAUUAUAUCUGACAUCAACUACUGAACGUUUUUCACAAAAUUUCAAAGUCAUCGUGGUGGAUGGUAAAGAUGAGAGCGAGUACACUGUGAAGUGGCAGGACUUCUUCAGUGGACACGUGGUUGGUGAGCCUGAUUCUAGAGUUCUAGCCCAUAUCGGAGAUGAUGAUGUUACAAUAAGAAUCAACACAGAUGGGGCAGAAUAUAAUAUAGAGCCACUUUGGAGAUUUGUUAAUGAUCCUGCCGAGAAAAGAAUGUUAGUUUAUAAAUCUGAAGAUAUUAAGAACGUUUCCCGUUUGCAGUCUCCAAAAGUGUGUGGCUAUAUAAAAGUGGAUAGUGAAGAGUUGCUUCCGAAGGGGCUGAUGGACAUGGAGCCCCCUGAAGGGCUUGCUCACCGCGUGAAGAGGCGAGCUGAGCCAAACCCCAUGAAGAACACGUGCAAACUGCUGGUGGUCGCCGAUCACCGCUUUUACAGAUACAUGGGCAGAGGGGAGGAGAGCACUACCACCAACUACCUGAUAGAGCUGAUCGACAGAGUGGAUGAUAUCUACCGGAACACCUCGUGGGACAAUGCGGGGUUCAAAGGUUAUGGAGUGCAGAUAGAGCAGAUUCGCAUUCUCAAGUCUCCACAAGAAGUGAAACCUGGGGAAAGGCACUAUAACAUGGCAAAAAGUUACCCGAAUGAGGAGAAGGAUGCUUGGGAUGUGAAGAUGCUGCUGGAGCAAUUUAGCUUUGAUAUAGCUGAAGAAGCAUCUAAAGUCUGCCUGGCUCAUCUUUUCACUUACCAAGAUUUUGAUAUGGGAACUCUAGGACUGGCUUAUGUUGGUUCUCCCCGAGCAAACAGUCAUGGAGGUGUAUGUCCCAAAGCUUAUUAUAGUCCUGUUGGAAAGAAGAAUAUCUAUUUGAAUAGUGGUUUGACCAGCACCAAAAAUUACGGAAAAACCAUCCUUACAAAGGAAGCGGACCUGGUUACAACUCAUGAGUUGGGACACAAUUUUGGAGCAGAACAUGAUCCUGAUGGCUUAGCAGAAUGCGCCCCGAAUGAGGACCAGGGAGGAAAAUAUGUGAUGUACCCCAUUGCUGUGAGUGGGGACCAUGAGAACAAUAAGAUGUUUUCAAACUGCAGUAAACAGUCCAUCUAUAAGACCAUCGAAAGUAAGGCCCAGGAGUGUUUUCAGGAGCGCAGCAACAAGGUGUGUGGGAACUCCAGGGUGGACGAGGGCGAAGAGUGUGAUCCUGGCAUCAUGUACCUGCACAACGACACGUGCUGCACCAGCGACUGCACCCUCAAGGCCGGCGUGCAGUGCAGUGAUCGGAACAGUCCUUGCUGUAAAAACUGCCAGUUUGAAACUCCCCAGAAGAAAUGCCAGGAGGCUAUUAACGCUACCUGCAAAGGCGUGUCUUACUGCACAGGGAACAGCAGCGAGUGCCCGCCUCCGGGCAAUGCCGAGGACGACACGGUGUGCCUGGAUCUGGGCAAAUGUAAGGAUGGCAAGUGCAUCCCUUUCUGUGAGCGGGAGCAGCAGCUCGAGUCCUGUGCCUGCAAUGAGACAGACAACUCCUGCAAAGUGUGCUGCAGGGACCCUUCCGGCCGCUGCGUGCCCUACGUCGACGCUGAGCAGAAGAACUUAUUUUUGAGAAAAGGAAAGCCCUGCACAGUGGGGUUCUGUGACAUGAACGGCAAAUGUGAAAAGCGCGUGCAGGAUGUAAUUGAGCGACUCUGGGACUUCAUCGACCAGCUGAGCAUCAAUACUUUCGGGAAGUUUUUAGCGGACAACAUCGUAGGCUCCGUCCUGGUCUUCUCCUUGAUAUUUUGGAUUCCUUUCAGCAUUCUUGUCCAUUGUGUGGACAAGAAGCUGGAUAAGCAGUACGAGUCCCUGUCGCUGUUUCACCCCAGUAAUGUGGAAAUGUUGAGCAGCAUGGACUCGGCCUCUGUGCGAGUCAUCAAGCCCUUUCCCGCGCUCCCCACGCCAGGCCCCCUACAGCCUGUCCCCCUGAUGCCACCCGUGCCUGUGGCGCCCAAGCUCGACCACCAGAGAAUGGCCACCAUCCAGGAAGACCCCAGCACAGACUCGCACGUGGAGGAGGAUGGCUUUGAGAAGGACCCCUUUCCCAACAGCAGCGCAGCUGCCAAGUCCUUUGAGGACCUCACGGACCACCCCGUGACCAGGAGCGAGAAGGCUGCCUCCUUCAAGCUGCAGCGGCAACAUCGCGUUGACAGCAAGGAAACCGAGUGUUAGCGCGGGGCCACGUGGUGGGUGCUGGGACUGAGGUAUGCAGAGGAUUUUUAUCGAAUUGACCUGGAACCAUAGCCUCUAUUUUGUGAAGAUUUGGGAGAAGAAGGAAGUGACUUAAUGGCAGAUGCUGGUCAUGUGUUUGAACUUCCUUUUGGUUAACCAGUUGCGUGGGUUGGCCCUUUUCCUGUUGAAGAGGUAAGGUAAAUCUAGCUUAUUUUGAGGCUUUCAGGUUUAACUUCUUGAUCUUUAAAGUGUCCCUUGACCUGUGGUACCAAAGCAGAAAAUACAGCUGGAUGAGGUUUGAAUAUUUA